CAAUGCCCAGAAAAUUGAGUCGUGGCAAACAACAACGCAAGUUCAAGCAUGAAAAAGCUCAAAAAGAACUGGAAGAACUAGAAGAAAACUGCAAAGCUUUGACAAAUGACUCGAAAUUCGAAAAAUUCAGCGAAUUGCCUCUAUCCCUUUUGACCUUGAAAGGCUUACAGGAAUCAAAUUAUGUUGAAAUGACUGAAAUUCAACGUAAAGUGCUCCCCCUCGUUUUACGUGGAGAAGAUAUUUUAGGAGCAGCCAAAACCGGCAGUGGAAAAACCUUAGCUUUUUUGAUUCCAUUGGAUGGAUUAGGUGCUCUUGUGAUAGCUCCAACACGAGAAUUGGCAGUUCAAAUUUUUGAGGUUCUUCGAAAAGUUGGUCGACACCACUUUUUAUCAGCCGGGCUUAUAAUUGGAGGAAAGGAUUUAAAUAUCGAACAAGAACGUAUUAAUAGAAUGAACAUCCUUAUAUGUACUCCUGGGCGUUUGUUACAACAUAUGGACCAAACUGCAGGUUUCAUUUGUGAUAAUUUACAAGUCUUAGUUUUAGAUGAAGCAGAUCUAAUUCUUGACAUGGGUUUUGAGAAAACUGUUAAUGCCAUAAUAGAAAAUAUUCCUAAACAUCGCCAAACUCUUUUAUUUUCAGCAACACUAACUAAAUCUGUCAAAGAUCUUGCUCGGUUGAGUCUUCAGAAUCCAGAACACGUAGCCGUGCAUGAAGAUUCUGAUCACAGUACACCACCAAGUUUAUUGCAGCAUUAUUUGGUGUGUGAAUUACCUGAAAAAUUAGACAUUCUAUUUUCAUUUAUUAAGUCUCAUCUUCAAGCAAAAGCUCUGAUAUUUUUGUCGAGCUGCAAGCAGGUCCGCUUUGUAUUUGAAACUUUUUGCAAAAUGCAACCAGGAGUCAUAUUACUUCAUUUGCACGGAAAGCAAAAACAAACAAAGCGUGUAGAAAUAUUUAAUAAGUUCUCUUCUUUAAAACAUGCAUAUCUAUUUGCCACGGAUAUAGCCGCAAGGGGUCUGGACUUUCCAGCCGUUGACUGGGUAAUACAAUUAGAUGCCCCAGGAAAUGCAGACAUAUACAUUCAUCGCGUAGGACGUACAGCAAGGUAUGAGGCAUCUGGGCUUGCAUUGCUAUUUUUGUUGCCAAGUGAAGAACAAGGGAUGUUGAAAGCUUUAGCUCAAAAAAAAGUACCGAUCGCAAAAACUAAAGUGAAAUCAAGCAAAACAAUGAGUAUACAGAAACAACUGCAAUCUUUUUGUUUUCAAAAUCCUGAAAUUAAGUAUCUGGCACAAAAGGCUUUUAUAUCAUAUAUGCGAUCAAUUUAUCUUCAAAGUGAUAAAUCAAUAUUUAAGGUAGAUGAAUUACCUGCAGAAGAAUUUUCCGCUUCUCUUGGGUUACCCGGUGUGCCAAAAAUUAAAUUUGUCAAAAAAUCACAAGUAAAAAACGCUAUUCGUGAAAAGCCUAAAGAAGUAACUGAUUGUGAAGGCUCAGAAGAUAGCCAGUCAUCAAAUUCUGAUAAUGUUUCAGAUGAUGAAAAAAAAAAGAAUUCAAAACCAAAAACUAGAAUAGAAAGAAUUUUUAAUCGUAAAAAUAUGUCCGUUUUUACUGAUCACUACAAAAAACUUGUGGAUCAAAGAAGUAACAAUAUUACGGAUGAAGACGAUGAAUUCAUUACUCUCAAACGUGUCAAUCAUGAACUAUCUUUGGAUCUAGAACAACAAAAUCGUGAAAAAUUAUCAAAACGUAAGCUUUUGAAAGCCAAAUCAAAGAAAUCUGCGAUUAAGAAUGCGCCUAAAGGAAAUAAGCUAAUAUUCGAUGAUGAUGGAAAUCCUCAUCAAGUGUACGAAUUUCAAGAUGAAAAGGAAUUCCAUUUAGUUGAUAGUGCGUUAGCACAAAAGCGAGCAUUCCUUGAAAAAGAAUUAGAGGUAAUGAAAGAGAAGGAUGAAGUGGAUAGAAUGACUGCCAGAGAGAAAAAACGUAAAAAAUUAAAAUAA